AUGCUCGAUCCUACACCGUCGCCCUCCUCAGCAGCUUCGACACCGAGUUACAGUGGCAUCAAGAGACCAUAUGCGCCCAAUGGAUCGCCUAAUGCUGGCCUGUUGGAAGUGACCGCUCAUUCUGGAUCUUUGCAGAGCAACAGCUGCUCCCCGCCGUUGGCAAUGUCAGCCAUGAGCCGUCCCGGCACCGGUACCAGCCCCCAGAAAUCGAUCAACCAAGAUACACAACCUGCGUCAUCGGGUUCGCAUUCUACCUUUCGGAACGUGUCGGCCUGUAAUCGUUGUCGAAUCCGGAAAAACCGCUGCGACCAGCGUCUCCCGCGUUGUCAGUCCUGUGAGAAGGCAAAGGUUCACUGUGUCGGGUACGACCCUGCUACAAAACGCGAAAUACCGAGGAGCUAUGUCUUCUUCCUGGAGUCUCGAGUCGCAUACCUGGAGGGGCUUCUGACGGAUAAUGGAAUUGCGUUCAGGCCUCCUGAGGCGCACGAAGGUGAGGGGGAUGAGCUACGCCAUCCAGAGCUGGCGCGCGCCGGAGGGGAUGCGGCGCAUACCAAGGAUGGCCGUGGUGGCCUUGAGACCGGAGCGAACGAUAAGUUCUCGUUCAACGCUCCGGGAGGUGAUGUCAAGAUAAAACACGAGUCGAGGGAAGAACGACAGACCAGUCCCCGGUCGAUGCCAGCAAAGACGAUCCGAGAUAAUAGAAACAACCAGCAUGGCAGGAAAUCGCAGGUGGACGAUGCGAGUAGAAGAAUCGAUAAGCUGGUCUCCAGCGUUGGUAUGGUUCCUGUUCAAGCGACAUCAGACCCUCGAUACCUAGGGUCUACGUCUGGCAUAUCGUUUGCGCGAGUGGUAUUUGCUGCCGUGAGAAGUUCGGUUUCGUCUAGCGUUUCCGAACGAGGUUCGAUACGACCAGGCUCUCGCCGACAAUCAGCAGCUACCACGGCGAACAAGAGUGAAAAUGCUGGUACUCCCGGUGGAGGACUAGGAGGCGGCAUGCACUCGAUGCGAGACUCAUAUUUCGGCUUACAGACAAAGCCAAUAAUGAAGCAAGCACCGUUCCCGGAUCGUGAGGUUGCUCAAAGGCUCGUGAACCUAUACUUUGAAUACUCAAACGCCCAAAUCCCGAUUCUCCAUCGAGUGGAGUUUAUGGAAGUCUUCAAACGUGUAUACUCCACGGAGGAAAAGCAACGAUCUGCCCGAGAUCUGUAUUUCCUGAAUAUGGUAUGUGCUAUCGGAGCUGGUAUCAUCUUUGACGCCAAAGGUGAUGGUGAUGCUACCUCACAGGAGGUAAAGGAGGAGGACGCUAGACGCAGUACAUCUCCUCCACCGGCACACAAACGACGCCGGUUAUCGAAGCAACAACACCAACCGGAGGAGUAUCACGCAUCUGCUGUUGUUCAUCUAGAGUCUUGCCUUGGCUCUUCAUCGUCUACGGACGGGUUUGGUGGUGGUUUGGAGGAGCUUCAAGCAGUUUUAUUGUUGGCAAGCUUCGCUCUCCUUCGACCCGUAGCUCCUGGGCUCUGGUAUAUAGCUGGUGUGGCUGUGAGGCUUGCCAUUGACCUAGGCCUGCACCACGAAGAUGGUACUGGCGUCGACUCUGUGGAUGAAGUUGAAGUCGCUCGCCGUAUGUCUCGCAUGGACAGUAUAGACGAGCAUUCAUCCGAGCAAGUUCGAGCGAAGCUAAAGGUCGACCCUCGCGAAAGAGGGAGACGGGAGUUCAUACGAGACCUACGUCGAAGGUUAUGGUGGUGUGUCUAUUCAUUUGACCGGCUGGUUAGCACCUGCGUCGGUCGUCCAUUCGGUAUCACCGACCAGGUCAUAACUACCGAAUUCCCGUCCCUCCUCGAUGACGAAUAUAUCACCAAGGCAGGAUUUGUUACAGCGCCGAAAGGCGCGCCUACGUAUAAGCUUGUUGCUCAUCAUUACUUUAAACUACGUCUCCUUCAGUCCGAGAUCCAGGAAGUUCUACAAUACCAACAAGCAAUGCUAGCAAGGAAAAAAGGCAGAAACCGGAACAACUCGUCCAUGCAUACGAAUCUCCCUUCUCCAUUCUUGCAAAAGUUUGACAGUUUCCGCUCCUGGAGGCAGGAUAUUCACAGACGCCUUGAUGAAUGGAUCCGGUUGUCGCCUCAGCCCCAUGAAAUAGGCGUGCAAUUUUCAACCCAGUUUCUAGAACUUAAUUACUGGCAAACACUUAUAAGCCUCUACCGCCAGAGCUUGACCGUUCCGAAACCCCUGGCCUCGGAGAGAACGCCAACUGAAGAUGUGUCUAGCCCUUCACUAGCAAGCAUAGAAGACCCCGAGGAUGAGGAUGACGUUUAUUCAAUGGUUGCCGAAGCGGGUCAGAAAGUAUUACGGAUUUAUCGACAACUACAUCGUGUGCGAUUGGUUAAUUUUACCUAUCUCGCGACUCAUCAUCUGUUCAUGGCUGGUAUAUCAUUUUUAUAUGCCAUUUGGCAUUCGCCUGCCGUCAGAAGUAGACUUACGCUUGAUGACGUGGACUUCACCGUCCUAGCGGCAACUUCGGUGCUUAAAGAUUUAAUUGAGAAGUGCCCACCUGCUGAAGCCUGCCGGGAUGCAUUUGAGCGCAUGAGCAAAGCAACUGUCCAAAUGGGAUUAUCCACUACGGGUUUUGGCCAACAAGUAGGUCCGACUGGGGAUCGAUUGUCCACUCACAACGCUAGCCCUCAAUCGCGACAACAGAACCAGAGUCCGAUUUCGGAUAGUCAAUAUUUCCAUGACACAUCAUUCCAGAAGGGCUAUUCUCAGCAGCAGUACACCCCUAGCUCUAGGAUCUCGCGACCGCUGGAUUCCAUACCAGAACAGCCUGUGGAACCGCGCACAACUGAACCUGGCACGGAUAACCGCUUUAGCAUCACAAGUUUCCUAUCCCCCACUAUUGAUACCUCAAAGAUUAGCAAAGCACAGUCCUCUUCUCCUCCACAGCAACAGCAGCACCAUGAACGUAGGGAUAUACCUAACCGUGCUGCUUCUACCACCCCUGAAAAACGGUCCCCGAAAUCCGCCACGCGCCAGUUGGGAGACCCGUUCUCGCAUAAUCAGUUCGGGGACCAUCUACCAACCGCACAUCAUCAUCAUCAACAGCAGAAGCAUCAUCAGCAGCAACAACAUCAUCAACAUCAACAACAACACCACCACCAACCCAACCAACAACAUUACACGUAUACCAAUCCAUUUGAAAACCGCACCCCACAGCCUCAUCACCAACAACAGUUCCAUUCCCCACAGCCUCCUAGCCAAGCAACAACACCGUUCUAUCUCUCCGGGCUCGACUUUCUUGAUGGGCCACCCCGUCCGUUUACCUCGGAUAAUCACAUAGUAUACACGAGCGGCCCAGGAGUUUCAGACGUCGACAUGUCAACGCUACCACUAUACUCACCAGAUAGCGCACAUGCUGCUCUGACUGGAAACAGUGCUCUCGACCUAGGCUUUGGCGUAGGUAUGGCCGUCGAUUUCCAGCAUGACUGGAGCGAAAAUACAGGGUUUGACCUGUUUGACGGCCUAUUCUUUGGUGGCGGGGGGUGA